AUGGCUUACUCUAUUCUCCAAAUUGCACUGGCAACACUGUUAGGUUACUUUGUUCUAGUUGACGCAGCGAUAAUCCAGCAGACAAGGGCCGAAGCGCACCCGCCCAAGGCGAAAGUCCAGAAUGGUACAUAUGUUGGUGUUCAUAAUGAUCACUAUAAUAUUGACUAUUUCCUGGGGAUUCCAUUUGCUCAGCCGCCGAUUGGGAUCUUACGCUUGGCACCGCCGGUCUCUCUCAACUCCUCGUUCUCGGGCACACGCAAUGCCACGAACCUGCAACCAGUAUGUGUCCAGUUUCAGCUAACGGCAGAAAAUAAACCUCAGACAGCGACAAUUGACUGUGCCAUAUCUGAAGAUUGCCUAACUCUUAAUGUGUACCGACCAUCUAACUGCGGAGAUCAGAAGCUACCUGUGCUAGUAUGGAUAUAUGGAGGAGGUUACACGCAGGGCAGCAAUAGUGAUCCCAGGUACAACCUAACAUUCAUUGUGAACAAGUCAGUCAAAAUGGGCAAACCGAUUAUUGCAGUGGCAAUCAACUACCGUCUCAAUGGAUUUGGCUUUCUGGGUGGUCCUGUUAUCCAAGAGCAGGGCCUUACCAAUCUUGGUCUCCGGGACCAGCGCCUUGCACUUCAUUGGAUCCAGGAAAAUACUGCUGGUUUUGGAGGGGACAAAUCCAAGGUAACAAUAUGGGGCCAAUCUGCCGGUGCAGGUAGUGCUGGAUCGCAGCUACUCGCAUACGGUGGACGCAAUGACUCGCUAUUUCGGGCUGCUAUCGCGGACAGUGAUGGUCCCCUGGCCUUUAAAUCCCCUUCCAAUGCUACCCAGCUCCAGACCUGGGAAUCGAUUCUGAAUCUUACCGGUUGCUCAACUGCCUCGGACUCCAUGGCCUGUUUACGAGGUGUUAGUUCCGCCAACCUCUCCUACGCAGUCAACGCCUCAAGAGUAACCUUUAUGCCUAUCACCGACGGGGGUUUUGUGGAAACACAUAGCUCCGCACAGUUGCUAAAUGGCCAAUUUGUUCAAGUGCCACUCUUGACUGGAACCAACACGGAUGAAGGCACCAAUUUUGUCGGAUCUCCAUCUCAUAUUGGCGCCUUGCCAACCAUUGCUUAUCCAAACGAUACAUCGUUCCUGGACUAUAUCGGCCAGUCUAUCACAAAUACUACAGCUUCGGCAGCGGCACUGGCUGCUCUUUCCGUCCUAUACCCUGACAUUCCAGCUAUUGGCGUCCCACACUCCCACAAGGGUCGUUUAAACUCAACGUUUGGGUCUCAAUACGCACGUGUGGCCACUUUUGCUGGAGAUUUCAUGGCCCACCGUGACCGUCGACUAUCCGCUCAGAUGUGGUUUAAAUAUAACGUCCCUGUCUAUACCUACCGCUUCAAUCAAUGGCCCAUCGGAGGGCUUCCAGAUACAACUGGUACAACUCAUUUCACCGAAAUACCUCUAGUACAGGAUCAUGAAGUUCAAGAUGGCUACCUUGCACCCUGGUACCCGGCUGGUGGUGAGUUCACCAGUAUGGACAGCGACUUCUACGCCCUCGCUCGACUCAUGAAUAAGGCUCCUAUCCCUCCCCUCGUCACAUUUUUCCGCUGUUAUUUGAAGACUCCCUGA